CUAAAAAAAAAGAAAGAAAAAAAAGACGCGAGCUUUCUCGUCCUCGUCCUCUUCUUCCCCGGCCCCCAAAUCUCACACGGCGCCGGCCACCCCCGCCGGAAUCCGGCUCCACCAGUCGCCCCCCUCCAAGCCGCGGUUCACUCGCCGACCCAUCGCCUUCUUUCGUGCGCGGGGCGGCUGCUCUGUCCGGUGACGCCGGCGGCUGGCGCGGGAGACGGACGGCAGCGGAGGCCGCCGGGGACAGGAGAGGGCGAGGGCAGGGGGAUGGAGGCCGCCGCCGUACUGCACCCCGUCGGCGGCCACGCGCGAGCCGCGGAGCGCUGGGAGGCGCCGGCGUCGACCGUGCACUGUGGCAAUGGUGAAGAUGCUGCUGCAGAUGAUGACUCCUGGUGUGAUGCUUCAGAUUCUCCAGGGCAUGAUUCCAGCUUACACAGAGAAUGGACCCACAGGCAGGACCAGUUUCAUAAGAUGGGCUAUAGGGAUGGUAUAACAGAAGGGCAGAAGGAUGUUGCCCAAGAGGGGUUCAACCUUGGGCAUAGGCAAUCUGCGCAUGUUGGAUACAAGUGGGGUCUCGUUCGGGGGAUCACUAGUGCAUUAGCUAGUCUUCCUGACAGUCUAAAAGAAAAGUUGAUGCGCGAUGCCCAGCGUAGAGGAAAACUUGAAGAUUUGCACAACUUCGUGCUAGAAAUUUCAGCACAGGGUGCGCUGCAACUGUUUCACGAGAGUACACUUCAGGAUAAUCGUCGACCAGAGGAAAGCAUGCUCCAAACAAUUACAAAGGACCUUCUACUGUUGUUGCAUGAAUGCCCAGAUGUUCAUGUUAGUGAAGAGUUGAAACGAGUUCCAUAAGCAAGGUCAUACAUGAAACUGCUGGCACCACUGAUUUCGAAGUCAGAGGGCCUGAAGAACUGGAUUUUCAUGGAACAUGUGACAGACUGUGUUAUUGUCGACCUAAGUUUGACUCCAACGGCGGAGUCUGUGCACGGCAUGGACGAUCUCGACCAUCUCAUCACCCAUGAAGUCUCAGAGAGCGGGCCGUUAGUGCCUGGAACAUGUGACAAACCACAUUGGCGCCAACCUAAGUUUGACUACUCCGAGAGUUAUGAUUGAUGGGAAAUCGCCAUGAGAUUAUCACAAGUUAUUCUUUUUCUUUCCCAUAUCUUUUUUCGCUGUCUGGAACAUUCUGGUGAUCGUAUAUCGAUGAAAUCUCCGGUUACCUGAGAGAGUGUGAGUUGGCUUCGGUAGCAGUUCAACCCUGUAGCAUUAACUUAACCUACAAUGACAUGCUGUGGUUUUUAUUUGUGCUGCUGGAACAGUCUGCUGAUCUUAGACUGAUGAAACAUUCAGAUAUCUUUGUUACUA